AUGGAGAGUGGGGGCUGUCCGAAGGGGAAAAAUGUGGACUUUCUUUGCUUUGGGUACGGAAAAACCUACAGACCCGUAGCCCUUGUUCUCAAUCAACGGCAAAACCCUUUCACGGACCGAAACAGUUGGGUGCGUCGUGAACCGCAUACUCAAACCAGACAAAUUCUUCCAGUUUGUCAUCGACGACAGCACCGUUGCAUCCCCUGCAUCCUCUGGCUCAACCGCGUAACGACGUCUUACUUCUCCAGGCGCAGUCCGCCAGGUGUUCGAUCGAUUGCCCGAACGGCCUCAAAAUUCGCUGCUCGAGUUCAGGUGGGUGUUGUGGCCAGGGUACGGGGUAGGAUAACCAGAUUCAGGGGUUUGGUUCAGAUGUCGUCUUCGAUGUGGUUAUCGAGGUGGACCCCAAUGCCCAGGUUCUGGCUCGACUGUGUUAGGCUCGCCAGAAAAUGUUACGGCGCAGCCCGCUAG